AUGUGCGCCUACGGGGACACAAGAGAGCGUUUCCGUCUACAGAUAUUAGGAGCCGCGGCGCUCGCCCUGUUCCGAGUCGCCCAGGACAUACGCUCGGAGCCACCUCAAGAAGUGGGACGGUCGAGAGAUCCCGUGGAACCCGACUUGGAUAUGAGCAACGUGAUCGUCGGGACACUAGUGGGGCUGUUUCUCUCCAACCUCGUUCGCUCCGUCGCUCACCUCGUCGAUCUCGAUCAUGAAUCUGCCGAAGUUCUACAUGAAGUAGUGAGUGCCCUGUUCUACACGAUGGCAGGAAUCAUUCUUAUUGGCAAUACAAGACAUUCCUGCUCGACGCAGGGCGAUGACUUCCUCCUCGCCUGUGGGAUCGUCUGUCUCUUCGUCGGCGUCUUCUACUUCGCCGAUGCCUUGCUCUCGGGACAGAAGGGUCGCAGCAUCAAGGAAUAG